AUGUCAACAGCAACGCUCUACCCCCGCCAGUCUUUAGCAAGCCCGCCUCAUAAUCCGCUACCUCCCGUCCUACACACACCCACAGGACUUGCUCUGCUUGAGCUCCAGGGCUCAAUCAAUACAGGCGAGGGAUCGGCGAGUGAGCUCGCUGCUGGGGCCACCACCCAGGUCGGCCGGCUUGACUUUCCCGAAUACAUGGCCGGCAAAUCGGAAGACGGCGGGUCCUGGAUGAAGCGUGUUUAUCUAUACGUUGGGACCAAUCAAAGACUCACCGGCGAGAUCAAGAAGCUUCCGAGACCCGUCGCCAUCAUUCGGAGGCGGAGGACGGGUAAUGUGGAGGACGACGAGGUGCAAAUGCAGGACGGGAGUGAACAUGGCCACGAGAAUGACGGUGCUGGGGACGAGCUCGAGGUUGUCGAGAUUAUCAGAUACAAGCUGGUGUUUUCUCAACGACCGGAACCGGUGGGAACAGAGGCGAGCUAG